AUGGCUAAGACCCGUGUUUAUUAUGUGCAGUGUUGGAUGCGGAUUUACCGCUAUUUUUCGGGGCUGUGUCGGCAUGUGCAGAAGUUCUGGAAUGUCACUGUCAAGCCCUUUUUUGUGAAGAAGGAGGAGGAAGGAGAUGUCCCUUCCGCUGAGAGUAUUUUUCACAAAGAAAAAAUCGUGGUGCUUGGCCAUUUAUUGAAGGAUGAAUCUUUAGCUGUUGAGAAGAGGGCUCAAGCUGCGCACCGAAUUGGACUGCUGGCCUUCACAGGAGGACCAGCUGCUGGGAAAUUUGCAGCUGAGUACAUGAAAGAAGUAGCUCACUUGUUGAAAGAUCAUGACAUGGCACCAAAGGUAAAGAUCUUGUUGCUCCAGAGUAUAGCAUGUUGGUGUUACUUAAACCCCGUCAGCCAGAAGAGGGCCAAACAUCUGAAGUUUAUUCCUAUCCUCGUUGAGGUUUUUGAGGACAAACUCGACUCUACGACCAAAAGUGAAAUAAACAACAGCCUCCUUGUUAAAUUCUGGACUUGCUAUGUUCUCUCCGUCAUGACGUGCAAUAACUUGUCCUGCGUAAAGGAGCUUAAAAACUACAGUAUUCUGAAAUAUCACUUGCAAAUACUGGCGACUGAGAAUUGGUCUGGGUGGCCUGAGAAUUUUGCAGAGGUGCUGUAUUUCCUAAUUGGUUUUCACAGGAAUUAA